CAUAAGUCACACAUAUGUUUGAAUUAUAUUACAUGAACACAAAUACAGACAGACACCUGUCUAGAUCAUAUUACAUAACAUUCACACAUCUGUCAGGCCAAAUUGUUCUUAUGAGCAAGCAACAUUCAUGCAACCCAAUUGUUCAAUUGUUCUGUGUGUUGUCAGUCUUGUGAAUUGUGAUUCACCAAAGAGAAGUUGAAGCGGAUAAUGGAGUUUGAAAUAAUCAAGAGAGAAACCAUAAAACCAUCCUCUCCAACUCCCCAUUAUCUUAGAAACUUCAAGCUUUCACUUUUGGAUCAACUUGGUCCUGUCGCUUAUGAACCCCUGGUCCUCUUCUACCCCAAAAAUGGCAUUGCAACCCCCGAAAAAUCCGUCUGGAUCAUCAAGAAAUCACUGUCCGAAACCUUAACUCGCUUCUACCCGCUUGCCGGAAGAAUCAAAGGUAACAUCUCCAUUGAUUGCAAUGACCAUGGGGUUGACUAUGUGGAAGCUAGAGUCAAUGGCCUUCUGUCUACCUUUCUCUCAAAACCUGAUGCUCAGACACUGAGAAAGCUCCUUCCUGUAGACGCAGAGUCCCCUGAAGCAGGCAGGGGACCUCUGCUUCUUGUUCAGGCCAAUGUCUUUGAUUGUGGUGGAUUGGCAAUUGGGGUUUGUAUGUCACAUAAGUUGGCCGAUGCAGCCUCAUUGUGCACAUUCAUUAUGGCCUGGUCAGCCACUGCCCUUGGAUUUAGUCAAGCUCUACUUCCAGAUUUCUCUGCAUCGUUCCGAUUUCCACCAACUGAUCACGCCUCCUCAUUCCAGCAGUCUUCAGUGGAUGUGAAGAGAGUGAAUUGUGUGACAAAGAGGUUUGUUUUUUAUGCAUCCAAGAUUGCAGGUCUCAGGACUAAAGCGGCCAGUGCAAUCGUGGAUCAGCCUACGCGUGCCGAAGCUGUGACAGCCCUCAUCUGGAGAUGUGCAGUGGCUGCUGCAUCAAGAUCAUCAAGCUCACUGCAGUCUCCUAAGCUGUCUGUCUUGUCCCAAUCUGUGGACAUCCGCAAAAAGGUCGUGCCGCCGUUGUCAGAUGACUCAAUUGGGAACCUUGUGGGAUACUUUGCUGCACAUACAGAUGAGACUGAGGUGGAGCUGCAAGGCUUGGUUGCUAAAUUGAGGAAAGGAAUAAAAGAAUUGAGCAACAGUUAUGCCAAAAGACUUCAAAAAGAUCAGGCAUUGCAGGUGGUUUGUAAGUCUUUCAAAGACGCAGAUGAGUUGAUCAAAAGAGAUGACAUUAAUAACUUUUAUGUGGGCACAGAUUUGUGUAAUUAUAAGUUAUUGUAUGGGGUAAGUUUUGGGUGGGGAAAGCCAAUCUGGCUUAGUAAUGUCCCUGCUGCUUCAAACAAUAAUGUUGCCUCUUUGGUGAGCACAAGAGAGGAUGGUGGCAUAGAGGCUUGGGUGACUUUGAGUGAGGAAGACAUGGCUGCUUUUGAACAGGAUCAGGAACUUCUUGCUUUUGCUUUCAUGAAUCCAAGUGUCUUAGAAGUAGAACCCAUUACAAGGAAGUCCGCUCUGUAAAUUUUUCACAUGCUGUUGUUUGCUUGUUGAAUUAUCCAACAUUAGAGCUUAGCAUUUGGGUCUCUCUGCUGAUCUGGGGUUGAAUUUUUUGUUCUGUAAGCUUAAGAUCAAUAAUUGUAAAGCUGUUAUGAGUUCAGUCAGGAUCGAAUUUUAGUGGAAUUUGACUUUCACUGCACAAGAUUCCGCCCUAAA